AUGAGCCGUCCCUUGCGUUUCCCGGCUUUGCUGGCGCUCUUCGGCCACGUGGCCUCCGCGUAUUCGACGGUGAUGUGCACUACACCGGUGUGUCCGAAGGACCUGCGACCCGUGAGGCGGACUGGGGCCCCAAAGAUCUGGGCCUACGGCUGCGACGUCGCACAAGGCAAUGGGACGUUGAAUCGCUGCUGCAUCGAGAAGGAAAUUUGCAUGCGCAGCUGUGGAAUGCCUUGGAAGAAGUGCAAGCAGCACUUCGAGCGCUGUGCAGAGAAAGCUUGUGAUAUGGACGAGGAGUGCGCGACACUGGCAGAAGAGGCUGAUGUCCUCGUCACCGGCGGGGAGUCGCACUUCACUGUCUGCAAAGCCUACCGCGACGCUUUGCGUCUUCUCUGCGAUUGCGUGCCGGUCAAAGAAGCGAAGGAAGGUACGGAGGAGCGCCUCACGUCUUUCUAUGCGGAAUACCGGCCGGAGAGGCUGGACGAGGAAGGCAAAGUCAAGGACAUCAAGGAGGUUUGGAAGAAGUGGCAGAAUCGCGAGCCGGAGCUCUUCUUCGAGCUCGCAAAGAAGUACGCUGCCGAUGUUGUGGAGCUGCGGAAUCGAUCCGAGGGCGAGCUUGAAAGGCUCACCCGCAGUGGCAGCCAAGGGCCCAAAGAGGCCUCGGAAGCCCAACUGGAGGCGAAACUCCGUUUCCAGGCGGAAGCGGAGCAGCUCCGGGAUGAAGCUCUAAGGCAGCGUCUCUUCGAAGAGGAAGCCCUCGCGGAGCAAGAGCUGGCGAGGCAGCGCGCAGAGCAGGAGAGAGCGGCUCGCCGCGCGAUCUUGGAGGAGGCCAAGGCUGCAGCCGUGGCUGCCGAGGAUUAUCUCCAAGCCAAGGAUCUUCAACGCCAACUAGAACGACUGAGCCAGGAGCUGUGA